GACAACAACAGCAACAACAACAGCCCAGACGCUGGCGAUGCGCUGGUGCCUCGGCGCUUAUGCCAGCCAGUGGUCUAAUUGAACCUUAAUGGUGGCAGUGCGGGAUUGAUGGCGAUUGAUGAAUGGCCGCCCCUCAUUGCGGACGGACUGUAUAGCCGCCAGGCUGAGCUGCUAACGUCGACUAGGAGUUUGGCGUCUCGUCUGCAUCUCCCUUCGCUUCCACUGCAGUCGACUUCCGAGCUUGUUUGCUCUGCUACCGGCACUGUGCUGGCAAGUACCAACAUCGAGAAAUUAAAAUUCAAGGCCGCCAAAGCGAGCACCCGCGCUAGUCCGGGCCGGGCUUAGGCGCCCGCUGAUUCGACGCUUCUGCAGAGCCCGAUGCUAUAAACAGCGUCAAUCGUGUGCAUUUUACCCACUUGUCCGGUCCCGCUGCUCUCAUUUGCACCGACUGAGGUGACUUUUG